AUGUGGGUCAUUUACAGUACAAUUAUAUGGGUGGUCUAUUCUCUCUAUUGCUUUGUUGCACUACGGAAUGCUUCGCAGCGUAAUUUCGAAGACGUCGUUUUACUGACAGCCCCCGUAAUUGCUUGUCCAGUCGGCAUAUACUAUAUACGACAACUCUUACGACGCAUAUUUGCAUGGUUACAAAAUCGCGUCGACACUCAAUUGCAGACGUUACGCGCUGAACAAAAGUUGAAAUUGGAUGAACUAAAAAACAAAACCGCCUAUUAUUCGACACAGUCCUUGAUCGAUCGAUACGAUGAAGGUCAACGACGCGAACGAUCUCAGCAGCAUCCAACACCUACAGCAACGAAACAACAUAUAGCAUCUCAACAGAAACAGCAGCAUCAACAACAACUAUUGACGACCAAACCACCCACACUUGACGUAAGAGCACCUGGCAAUGUACCACCACCACCACCUCCUCCUCCUCCUAGUGCUGCUGCUACCGCUGCACCCGUUACUCCACGACGACAACCGCAAUGGUAUGACCGCGUUUUGGAUGCCAUGGUGGGAGACACUGGACCCGUUACCAAGUAUGCAUUGAUAUGUAAUUACUGUUUUGCGCAUAAUGGAUUGGUGCUGCCGGGUGAAAUAGACUUUAUCCAAUAUAUCUGUCCCAACUGUAGAAAGUUCAAUUCUUCGAGAAAAUCUCGACAGUUGCAUCCGGAUGGACCUGUAGUACCGCCAUCACCAGCACCGUCACUGACACCUGGUCCAUUAGCCAGCAAGGAUGCGAAUAAUGAAGGUGGGGAGGAAGACUGGGCCGAGCGACAUAAGCAAGGCAAGGAUGAGCAAGAGGAGUAUGAAAGUGAUGAAGAGACGAUCGCUUCGCGUGUAAGACGGCGUCAUAAACACGAACAUAAAGAAGAGCAUGAGUAA